AUGGCGCCGGCCACUAAAUAUCACACCCAGGCUGAAAAGAAAGAAGCCCAUCGACUUCGGCAGAAGAAAUACCGCGAGAGCACCAGAGGAGCUCUUCUUUCGCAAGCUUACGACUCUCAUCGACACUCCCGAAAAGUGGCCAAACCUCUCCGUCUACCACCACCCCCUCCACUUCUGCUGGACCAGGCCCGUUUCGAGGUUCUCGACGACGAGAAAGGCUUCAUGUACUACUUCGAUGAAGAUUUCGAGCUUGCGGACAGCGACCUGAAGUUCUGGGCUGGCUUUCCAUUCUACGAAAUUGAAGACGACACUAUGGAUCACACCACUGCCGAAUACAAGAAGGAAACUCGUCGUCUCGAGCUCUCCGCAAACGACUUAAAGCACUUGAGCGAGAAUCAGACGGUGCUGCUCGAAAACGAAGGUGUCAAAUCCAAGCCUAUGAGGCGGCCCUAUGUUUUUGGCGCACACAUUUUCGAUGGGUUGACGCUUUUAAUCCAGAAACGCAGCCAAGAAAGCAUGCUCUUUUCUUGUGCCACUGGCAAUGGGCGGCUCGCACGGCAGCUCCAACGCGCCAAGCGUCAUCGCUCCUCCUCUCCAGACGCAUAUACCCACGUUAUCCCUUUGACGACUGGUCCCUCGACAUUCAACGCGCCUCUUGACGGAGGCAUAGAACGUGUUUCUGCUGAUAGUCGACGGACAACGUCGCAGAGCGUCUCCAUCCUACCACCUUCACCUCUGAAGCGGCUUCGAAUAGCCUUGUCAUCUUCCGCCCCCUCUCUGCCGAGUUUGAUCGAUAUCGAAGCUGACUCUUACUGUAUGGGAGGGGGAGAGGAUGACUGGACAGAAGAGCCGCUAAGAGAGACUUUUGUGAAAGUACCUCGCGUGUUACAGCCUGCGGAUGCAGCCUUGCGGGACUGGAUGCUGCACUAUCGCGACAGCUUCCUUCGAAUUCUACUCUGGCGCCAUGGGAGGGGUGAGUAUGAGGAGCUUUGCUACCACUGUGGCAAGGGGGAUGCUGUCUAUCGUUGCAAAGAAUGCUUCGGGGGGGCGCUAUCCUGCCAGGCUUGCUGCGUCGACAAGCACAUGGAAAACCCUUUCCACUUGAUCGAGUGCUGGAAUCAAGUCUAUUUCCAAUCAACCUCAUUGAAGACCUUGGGGCUACGUAUCCAGGUUGGCCAUCCCCCGCGCCAAACCUGCGACCGACCAAUCCCUGCUCGUCACGACUUUGUUAUCCUCCACCACAAUGGUAUCCACGAGGUCUCGUUAGACUACUGUGGCUGCCGAAGGUCUUCGGAUCCGUAUUUCGCUCAGCUUCUACGGGCUGGAUUAUUCCCAGCUACAACCGACAACCCAAGGACCUGCGCGACACUGUGCUGUCUCGACCGAUACCAUAAUCUCACGCUCCACGGAAAGAUAACCGGGUGGGACUUCUACCGCUGUCUGGAAACACAAACGAACGCUAAGGGGAUCAAGCCCCCCGACCGAUAUCAAAUUUUCCUUCGAAUCGCACGAGAAUACCGACACAUGCAAUCUCUCAAGCGCGCGGGGGCCGUGGUUAUGACUCGAGGGGUGUAUCAGAGACGGCGCCGGGUGAACUGGCUCUUCGGUGUCCUGCAUGUCCCCGUCCAGGCAUCAACUUGCCAGAGGAUUGGCAGAAUGCUCCGCCGUCGCAAGCGUAUGUUCUUCUUUGAGCUAUUCUUCCCCUUUACUUAUAUCAUCUUUCCUAUUAGGGGGCUCUACGUUUUCUUCUUGGCCAUGGACGCCUGCUUCCGACUCAAACGGCGCGCGAUCUCUAACGAGAUCAGAGAUCCGGCUCUCAGUAAUGGAUGGGCUUACAUGGUCGAAUGGGAACCCUACAAGUCAUACCUUCUUCACAUUGGUGAUCAGCAAGAGAUCAGUACCUGCACUGGACUAGCAGCUCUCGACUACGCCAAUACUAAGUUUUCCCGGGGUUACAGUGCUACGGGAGUUGGCAUGGGAGUAUGCGCUCGACACGAAUUUGUUCAACCAACUGGAGUCGCCGACCUUCAAGCGGGAGAGCGAUUUGGGAACAUGGACUAUAUAUUUGGGUCCAUUUUGCGGCACUUGCAUCCUCUACUUCGAAAACUAAUAUCCUACGAUAUCGCGUGCCAAUGGUGGAAAAAUCUCUUCGACCGUCUACGAAAGCUCCCUCCCAUGCUUCGACUACUUUUGGUUCUCGAAGUCUUCAUGAAGCUUUUCAUCUUUGUCGUCCCGAAACUCCACAUUCUGGGUCAUACGACUUCUUGUCAACUCUUGUAUUCGCUCAAUUACACACUAGGCGGCGCGCAGACAGAUGGAGAGGGGAUUGAGCGCCCAUGGAGCAUGAUAGGCGCGGUAGCGGCAAGUACAAGGGUUAGCGGGCCUGGGGCAAGAUCGGAUCUGCUUGAUGAUCAUUGGAGUUUUUGGAACUGGUCGAAGAAUCUUGGUUUACCAGCUCUUCUUCGAAAGCGUCUAGAUACAGCAUUACAUGAACAACAAGUUCAAAGGACGGCUUUCGAGGAAUUCUCGCUAGAUCAAGCUGAGCGUGUACCGCGUUGGAAAACCAUGGUCCAUGAAUACGAAGGAGAUAGCACGAAACCUAAUCCAUACGAGGGCAAGGUAGAUGGUCUCACCGAAGCACAAGUCCGGGAAAGGCUAGAGGCGGAAGAAGAAACACAGAGCUCAGCGGGACGACUCCGUAUCCACGAGAUUACCCCAGUCAACUUUGUCACUGACCUUCUGGAAGUUGAGAGUGAACAACGUCGCAUUGCUGGUUUGGCUGAGCUGAAGAAAGCGAAAUCGACAACAAUGAAGAUAAAUUUACGUAGUCUUCGUCGAGCUCUCAACAAACGCAUUACGAAGCUCCAAGUACCUGAAGACGCGCUGCCCGAGGAUGUUCCCUUGUUACCACCCUCGGCCUUGACGCGCUUGCAGCGGGAGAAUGGAGGUUGCGUUGACGGACUAGUUGACAUCGAGAAGACCUUGCGGGAGGCUCAGUGUCGCGCUGCGUUGGUGGGAUUACGCAAUCAGCUCCUCAUCAAAUAUCGCCUCUUGUUGUACAAGACGAAUCACUCUCGGAACCAAACGAUGAACACUCGCUCAAGGUCGUUAGUUGCUCGAAACGAGAGCAAAGUCUUGUUUUACUCCAAGAAAUACCAAGCGGCGUGGCUGGCGUUGGUGCUUAUUGCAGAUGGGAAUGAAAAGGCUGUUGGUUGGAGACGACUGUGCAAAGAGGACAUCAGAUGCCUCGAGGACUCUGAGGAAUUGGCCAAGAAGCAUGCCAAAGGCCAAAAGGCAGAGGCUCGUCGUGCUCGGGACGAACGAGACUUGCGGGCUGCCGGCAUCACUCCUCUCAAUAUUCAUCGCGUGCAACAUGAAGACUCGGAUGGGGAAGGGGAAGAUGUUUUCGCUUUCUCAGCGCCACCUCAGAAACGCUCAGCCGUUAAGAAGAAGAUGCCGGCACCAAAAGGCAACGCAAUCCAAUCCGGCGAGAGCAAGAGGGUCGUGUCGUGGAUAUGGACAACGGCUGGUAUGACAGGCUCCGACGCCGAAAUAGAGGAAGCUUAUGCUCGAGAAGAGUGGCGUCGACUGCCCGAAUCGUUUGCGUACGAGGGACAGCUUUGGGCUCAGAGGGCUAAAGAUGUUCCUGUGGGUUCCAUUCCUGUCGCAGACGCCGAGGGGAUGAUUGCAUAUGCUGUCCAGCAUCACAACAUGUACCAACAUCUGUCUCGACGAGCAGAGGUCAUACGGACACAACCCAAGCUCAGGAGGGGCGCUCGGCGGGCGAGGGAUGAUCAGGAGGCAAGCAUUUGGGUCGGAUUUGAAGCUGGGGAAGAAGGGGAGGCGGAUAUUGAUGGGGUGAUCGAACGUGAUGAUGACCUAGAUGAUAAUGGAAAUCUGAGCGACGAAGAGCUGCUACUUACUGGAGAAAUAGACGACUAA